AUGAUUUGCAAGAACGCUUCGAAAGGUGAAAUCAGAGCCCGCAGUAAGAUAAGGGGCAAAAGCGUGCUGAACCAAAAGUCGGAACUGCAGCGGGCGCUCGAGAAGCAGAAGGAGCGCCAGGUGCUCGCCGCACAGAACCUCGCCAAACAGCAAGCCCAAGAGCACACCAUCUCGAACGAGCUGGGGCGGGUGAUAAUGCAGCGGGCGGCCCGGCUCGAGCAGAAGAACCUCGCGGCGGCCGCCGCCGGCUCCCAGCAGGACCAGCCCGAUUCCAUCAACCCGGAGUAUCUGAACGCGCGUGCCAAACUGCGCGCCACCCAGGCCGCCGCCGUCUACUCGAAGUAG